AUCUGUCAACAAGUAAAAAAAAAUUAUAAUAAAUUAUACCGCUUUUAAUAUAAUUUAUAUAUAAAAAAUCUCCUUUAUUUCUUUCACGUGCUUUUAAAGUUAAGGUAUAGCUUGUUUUGUUUCCGGUUGUUUAACAAUAGACGUUGGCAUAAUAACACUGGAUGGUCAAGCGAGCUAGCUAGCUGUCUGCGCUAAUGCUAAGAUGGGACGAGUGCUACUAGUGCUGCUGGUGCUGGUGCUGUUUAGUGCCGAGGCCGUCGAUCGUGGCAACUUCAAGACAUGUGAGCAGAGCGCAUUCUGCAAGCGUCAAAGGGAGCUGAAGCCUGGUCAGUCUCCCUACCGAGCUUUGCUAGAUACCUUAGAGCUCAGCGAUUCCAGGAUUACCCUGCAGCUCAUUAACGAUAAUAACAAGGUGCGUUUGCUCUUGGAGCUGUACAGGCUGCAAGGCAACAUGACACGGGUUAAAAUCAACGAGCUGAAGCCGCUCAGGCCUCGUUACGAGGUCCAGGACGUCCUCAUCACCGAUCCUCCGACCAAACCGAUGACGGUGGUGACUCGGGACGAGAACGGCGUGGUGCUCUCUCUGGGUGCGGACGAACAGCGGCUGAUCGUCAGCGCACGGCCCUUCCGCCUCGACAUCGUAGAGGGUCCUCAGGUGCUGCUGUCCCUCAAUUCCCGUGGCCUGCUGGCCUUCGAGCACCUGCGCCUGCGCAAAGACACCAUCUCUCAUAAAAUAACAAGCACAUUCGGUAGCAUGUGGGACUCGAUCAAGAGCGCGUUCUCUAGUAAACAAGACACAGAUAGAGCUGGUGGAUCAGAGAAUGCAGGUGAUAAGGCUGAAGAUGGAGAAGAGGAAGUGAAGCCUGGCAUGUGGGAGGAAACAUUUAAAACCCACACUGAUUCAAAGCCUAACGGUCCAACAUCCAUUAGUCUAGACUUCUCAUUUCCGGGUGUGGAACAUGUUUACGGCAUUCCCGAGCACGCAGACACUCUGAAACUGAAACCAACAGACGGGAGUGACCCAUAUCGGCUUUAUAACCUGGACGUGUUCCAGUAUGAGCUGCACAACCCCAUGGCCUUGUAUGGCUCCGUGCCCAUGCUCAUAUCCCACAAUGCUCAGCGCACCAUGGGUGUCUUCUGGCUGAAUGCAGCCGAGACCUGGGUGGACAUCAGCUCCAGCACAUUGACGAUGUUCGGUAAGAUGGCGGACUUUGUCCCGGGUUCGAGUGAAGUCCCGCAGACGGAUGUGCGCUGGAUUUCUGAGAGUGGCAUCAUCGAUGUUUUCAUCAUGCUUGGACCGACCCCAAGUGACGUUUUCAUGCAAUAUGCCUCACUGACAGGCACUCAGGCCUUCCCUCCUCUUUCCACUCUUGGAUACCAUCAGUGUCGCUGGAACUACAACGAUCAGGAAGAUGUUAAAGCAGUCGAUCAAGGCUUCGAUGAGCACGACAUCCCUUAUGACUUCAUCUGGUUGGACAUUGAGCACACCGAUGGCAAACGCUACUUCACCUGGGACCCACAAAAGUUUCCACAGCCCAAAGAAAUGCUCCAAGGGCUCAUGGAAAAGAGACGCAAGAUGGUCACAAUCGUAGACCCUCACAUCAAAGUGGACAGUGGUUACCAGAUUUACAACGAAAUACGCGCCAAGAACUUUUAUGUCAAGAACAAAGACGGAGCAGAUUAUGAAGGCUGGUGCUGGCCAGGAAGCGCUGGAUAUCCUGAUUUCACCAACCCAGAGAUGAGAGCCUGGUGGGCCAGCCAGUUUGCCUAUGACAAAUAUGAGGGUUCCAUGGAGAACCUGUAUACUUGGAACGAUAUGAACGAACCGUCCGUGUUUAAUGGGCCGGAGGUGACCAUGCACAAAGACAUGCUGCUCGGCAGAUGGGAGAACAGAGACGUGCACAACCUCUACGGGUUGUAUGUGCACAUGGCGACCGCUGAAGGUUUGAUCCGGCGCUCUGGGAGCACCGAGAGACCGUUCGUUCUCUCCAGAGCCUUUUUUGCAGGAUCGCAGCGCUAUGGGGCAGUAUGGACAGGAGACAAUGCAGCUGAAUGGGGCCAUCUGAAGAUAUCUAUCCCGAUGUGUUUGAGUCUGGGAUUAGUGGGCAUUUCCUUUUGUGGAGCCGACGUCGGUGGUUUCUUUAAGCAUCCGAGUGCUGAGUUGUUGGUGCGUUGGUACCAGGCCGGUGCGUAUCAACCGUUCUUUCGUGGUCAUGCCCACUUGGACACCCCACGGCGUGAACCCUGGCUCUUUGGGCCAGAAAACACAGCUCUGAUCAGAGAAGCGAUACACCAAAGAUACACCCUACUACCCUACUGGUACCAGCUCUUCUAUCAUGCUUAUCAAACCGGACAGCCUGUCAUGAGGCCCCUGUGGGUGGACUUUCCUGAGGAACAAGCCACAUUUGCCAUUGAGGAUGAAUAUUUAAUUGGUAAAGAUCUGCUCGUCCAUCCUGUUACUGACGAAGGUGCGAAGAGCAUCACAGCCUACCUGCCUGGGAAAGGAGAGGUUUGGUACGAUGUUCACACAUUCCAAAAACACCCAGGGGCUCAGAAUCUCCACAUUCCAGUCACUAUGAGCUCUAUCCCUGUGUUCCAGCGUGGUGGUGCCAUCAUCUGCAGGAAGGACCGUAUCAGGAGAUCCUCGUCCUCUAUGGAGAAUGACCCCUACACCCUCUACGUGACACUGAGUGCUCAGGGUACUGCUGAAGGAGAGCUCUACAUUGAUGAUUUCCACACCUUCAAAUUUGAACAAGAAAAGCAGUUUAUCCACAGGCGACUGCACUUCGCUGAUAAUGUGCUUACCUCCAGCAAUCUGGCUCCAGACUCAAAUUUCACCACAGCAGCAUGGAUCGAGAGGGUGAUAAUAAUUGGAGCCACUCCUCCAUCUUCAGCCUCCCUGAAGACUGCAGAUGGUGCCGAAUCUGUUUUGGAGUUUGAUUUCGAUUCUGCUGCAUCAGUGUUAACACUGCGAAAACCCGGCGUCAAUGCAGGGACCAACUGGACUGUGACAUUGCAAUAACACACACUGGGACACACACAGGAUACUAGGACAUAAGCAAAUUUAUGCACACACAAUCCUCUUACCAGAGGGAGCAACACUUUCCUUUUUGCAAGAUUAGAAUGUUCAGGUUAGGGACAAUUUUAGAACGAAGAUAUAAGUAGGGAAGGAUAAGAGAAAUAGGACCAUUAGAGAACACUAAAAAAAAAAAUCUUAACAUUUCUUCAAAUAUGUUCCCUGUUUAUAUUAUUGACCACUUGAAUUACGUUUAGAAUCCCUGAUGAGUCUGCAGAUGAUAGUUGAUAGUAGUAUUUUUUUCCCCUUUCAAUGGAAUAUGAUUUAUUCAGGAUUGUGAAAACUUUUGCACUGACAUAUUGUUUACUUUAUUAUUCCAAUUUUCCACAUGAAAGAUUUUUUGGAAAAUCCUAAAUAGUCAUAAAGCCAUAAAGUAUUUCACAAUAUAGAGCAUAUUUACAUGAUUACCUGAAUUUAGUACAGUUUUAGAGAAAGACGUUUUCUUGAUAGAUUUCCACAAUGACUAGAAAAUCGAAUUUCACCACAUCACAGAACCACCAAACCACUGAGUAUUCAAUUUAAUUUACUACAUUUUUUUUUUAUUAUUAUAAAUCGGAUUUCUUUGAUUCGCAUUGUUUACACAUUUCCUUAGUAUUAUAUAUGAGCAUUCAGAACUUUAGAAGAAACACAAACAUCCAUAUGAGUGUCCAGGGAGGUGUUAAUAUUAUAUUUGAGCUGUAUUAAUUCAAAAAUGAUUAUAUCCCUGACCAAAGCAUUCAUUCAUUCAUUCAUUCAUCCGUUUAUUCCAAGGCCAUUGAAUCUUAAUGAAAAUGCUAUUAGAUGUUUAGCUUUUGAUAACCCUUACUCCUUUGUGGAUCUGGUAAUGUUUGUUUGCUUAGGAUAAAACAGGCCACUCUGGAAAAUAUUUUGUGUUGAUCUCUGGUUCAUGAACCACAUGGAUGGCUGAAAUAAAGUUAAUGAUUUAAAACA